CGCCGCUUCUGCAUUCGAUUAUCACGAUGAAACUCUUCUUGGUUUUGGUAUUGGUUGGUGUGGCGGCGGCGGUGCCCGUGGAAGACCCAUAUGCAAACAGGGAAAGAUACUACCACGAGACCAUAGGUAUAGAGGAAGCUGCCCGCAUCAAGGCAGCAGAAGAAGCCACCGACUUCACGGGCGUCAGAAUCGUUGGAGGCUCCAACGCCAACCUAGGCCAAUACCCGCAUAUGGGUGGACUGGUCAUCACUUUGACAAAUGGCGCUACCUCGGUCUGCGGAUCCUCGAUGCUUAGAAACAACCGCGCCGUCACUGCCGCUCACUGCUGGUGGGACGGAAGGAACCAGGCUCGUCAGUUCACAGUCGUUUACGGGUCCGUUACCCUCUUCAGUGGAGGUACCAGGGUCAACACCAAUACCGUGAGUUUGGUUGUUUAA